AUGACCACAGAGGAAUGGGACUCCCUGCACUGCCCGAUAAGUCUAGUGAAUGACUGGAACUUCCUUCCCAGCGACGGUCCUGAACGUGCUCCGCGGCCUCCCGUUAAUUUUCCGAUUAACUGCGAUCCAGAGUUGAUGCGGUGCACUUUGACUGCGAUGCCUGCCAGCAGUCGUCUACAAUCGCAAUGCCGUCUCCCGCUGGGUUUGUUGAUUCACCCCUUCCGCGACGUCAAUGAUCUGCCUGUGAUCCAGACCUCAGUAAUCGUGCGCUGUCGCUCCUGCCGCACCUAUAUUAAUCCCUUUGUGAAGUUUCUGGACAAUAAUCGACGUUGGCGCUGUCCGGUCUGCACGCUAGCCAACACCCUGCCCGACGAGUUCUUCUACGACCCGGCCUCGCGCACCUACGGCGACCCCUCGCGCAAAUCAAUGCGCAUGAUCGUUCUGAAAGACUUGUCAGAGACCUUUUUGCCUGACCUGAAUGGAAUGGUUAACCGCAUCAAUGACAAUUUGGAGACCUUAACCAACUUCCUGCACCACCUUCCGGGCGAAUUCGCGAACACACAAGACACCGGCAAUUGUCUCGGUUUCACCCUCCAGGUAAUCAAUCACGUCUCCUGUUCCCUAUCUGUAACCACCAGCCCUAUUGCCCCACCUUUAAAAUCACACAAUAUAAACGUGCUACCGUAUGGUUUGUUGUUGCGGACGAAAGCAGUUACCGGCCUGGCUGCAAGCGCGGUCGUGGCAUAA